AUGACAACAUUCUGGAAGAAUCGUCAAGAAGGAUUUCUAUCUGUUAUUCGACAUCUCUUGAAGAUAUUUCGAUGCAAAUUUUUAAUUGAUAAUGACUAUAAUAGUGAUUCAUAUUCAUGUUUUAAAACUAUUUCUGAUUUGUUGAAUCUACAAGUGGAAUUCAAGACGCUCACUAUUUACCUUAAAGGAUCACAGGAUGAACACUUGUGGUGGAACCAGAUAUCCAAUAAACUCGGACUGGUCGAGGAUCUUUCAAUCUUAUCCGUCGCUGAUCCUGAGAUAUCCAAUACAUUUGGACUGGUUGAGGACCUUGGAAUCUUAACUAGUGAUCUUGGUUUCAACCCAGAUUUCACUUCAUGGCCACAGGAGUUAAUUUAUAUCCCGAGUUCCGCUUGGUUCACUCUGGAACAUUUUUUGGCGUGCACUUCCACUAGAAUUAUACUUUUCCAGUCUCAUUUGGAAAACAUGGAUUUGGAUGCGAUACUCAAGACGUGGAAGGCUGGAAAGUUACCAAAUCUAAACUCUCUUUGGCUUGAUAGCCUGGGGAUAACAGAUACUGGAGCGACAAUUUUGGGAAUGAAUCUAUUGGAAUUAAACGGGACGGUUAUCCAAACAGAUGAUGGAUCAAAGAAGGCAAUAAUUAACUCUGGUAUCAGAAUUGUAAUGCAUGUGACUCCAUCUGAAUAA